GUAUCCCGACCUGUUGGAUGAUAGACACGGAGUCGGAGCGACAAUGAUCUCGGGGGUCGUGACGGGGAGCCCAUGCCCAUGGUGCAAAUAUGCAAGAGUUUAUGGGGUUCGAAAACGAGUUCUGGAAGCCGGUCUCUCUCGUCGGGUGCAGCGCGGGAAGAUGUCGUCGUUGUCAUCCUUCGUUUGCUCUGCGGAGGCUCCCCUCUCUCGUCCAUCCACGAACACCGGAGAAUGGAGGGGCGACCAGAGGGGCCACAGUAGAUCUGGCCCGUCCAGCGAAGCCUCAUCGAUCCUUCGCAGAACUUUCUCCUGGGUCGAUCUGUCAUCUCCUGGAAGGUUCUCUCGCUCCUUGCCACGUCAUUGUAAGAUCGCGAGCGCCAGCAUGUCAGAGACGGCGCCGCCGCUCUGGACGACCAGCUCCCCACUGGCGCAGGAGUUGAUGUUCUGUCCCAACCGGAGGAGGCCUUUGGUUUCCCGGGCCCCCCGGGCCCCCCUCUGGCAACAGAAAUGCUGCAGACUGGUAGUUGCUGCACAAGGGCCGGGCAGCGGGAGUGAUGGUGGUGCUGCUGUCGACAUGCUGGAUUUCUACAGACUGCGUCGCGACGUAGAAGAGCUUUCGGAGAAGUUGAAGCAGAUUCUGCUGGUAGAGGAUAUAGAAAGGAAGAGGGCAACGCUUGCUGACUUGGAGCAGCAGGCAACGCUUGGCGAUUUCUGGGAUGACCCUUCGAAAGCCCAAGGGACACUUAGCGAAAUCAUGGACAUCAAACAGACACUGGGGGAGCUUGACAAGUUCAGGGAGAAGGUGGAGGACGCAAGGACCGUGGUGCAACUGGUCGAAGAGGGCGAAGAGGCACCGGACACGGCUCUCCUCGAGGAGGCGGAGUCUAUCAUUCGCUGGCUUGAGGUGGAGCUUGAGCGGUACGAGCUCGCGCAGCUGCUGUCUGGUCCAUACGACAAGAAAGGCGCCUACUUGUAUAUCACUGCAGGCGCGGGCGGGACCGAUGCGCAAGAUUGGGCGGAGAUGCUUCUGCGGAUGUACGUUCGAUGGGCGGAGUCGCACAAGUACAAGACGAAAAUCGUGGAGCGAUCGGAUGGAGAGGAGGCUGGACUCAAAUCUGCAACUUUGGAGGUUGAUGGAAAGAACGCCUAUGGGUUCCUCUUCGGAGAAAAGGGUACCCAUCGACUGGUCCGACAGUCGCCUUUCAACUCGAAAGGACUGCGGCAAACGAGCUUCGGAGGGGUGGAGGUUAUGCCGUUGCUGGAAGAUAACGCUCUGACCUUGGAUAUCCCUGAUGACGACCUUGAAUUCCAAACCUCGAGGGCGGGGGGAAGGGGGGGGCAGAACGUAAACAAGGUGGAAAGCGCGGUAAGGGUGGUGCACCUGCCGACAGGAUUGGCGGUGCGCUGCACGGAGGAGAGGUCUCAGUUGGCGAACAAGAACAAGGCGCUCGCGUUGCUGAAGUCGCGAUUGAUGGUGAUCUUGGAGGAGCAGAGGAAAGCCGAAAUUCGCGAGAUUCGGGGCGACAUAGUGAAGGCCGAAUGGGGUCAACAGAUCCGUAAUUACGUGUUCCACCCCUACAAGUUGGUGAAGGAUGUAAGGACAGGUGUCGAAUCGUCUGAUAUCGGCGCAGUCAUGGAUGGUGGAUUGGACGACUUCAUCAAGGGCUACCUGCGGAUGCGCCAGAAGCAGGCAAACGCGGAUCGAAGCACACCUAGCAGCAGCUCAGGGGCGAGCGGGUCGAUGCCUGGAAAUAAAGCAACCGGGCAAAAGUGGGCAACAGUAGGGGGGGGGGACAAGAAGGGCGGGGCGGGGGCAUGAGGCGUGGCGUGGUCAUCAGCGCUUACAUAAUUUAAUAUAAUGCGAUGUCAGCAUUAUUUGGCAGCGGCAUGCAUAGGGGAAAGAGAGAGAGAGAGAGAGAGAGAGAGAGAGAGAGAGAGAGAGAGAGAGAGAGAGAGAGAGAGAGAGAGAGAGAGAGAGAGAGAGAGUUGGAAGCAUCGUUCAUCAGUGGGUAUCAAUCAGUAAAACAAUGUUGUGGGGCGCCGCCAGAGUUAUGGGUUCAAGACGGUGUUCAGCAGCAGAACGGUCACACUUUACGCACUUGACUCUUCAUUUCUUCAAUCCGGAGAGCAACUGAGAGAUCGGGGAAUCUCAGUCGUCGGUGAGAUCUUGGCAUCUCAGCUGUUGGUGGUCCUUGAAAUCUCGGCGUGUGGCGUUUUUUGCUACCGUCUUCGCCCGAAUACGAAGUGUGUCGUAUGGUCAUUCUAGCUGUAUUUGGGGCAACUUUUUGUC